AUGCCAGUCACACUGCGAGCUGCACCCACAGGCUCCCAGCGGCUCAAAACGCAACAAUACCCUUUCCAAAGUGGACGCUUAACGAAUCUCAACUAUGCCUUUGCCUACAUUGAUCCCGACAGCUUUCAGCUCAUGACCAUGGAUGCCGCGACCCGCUUGUCCCUUUUCACUGAUCUAGCUAACCUCAAACUGACCAAGCCGGAUCUGAAGAUUUUCAUCAGUGUCGGUGGCUGGACCUUUUCUGACAAUAACACACUCACUCAGCCUGUAUUCGGGAAUAUAGCCCGGAGUUCUUCUAUCAGGGAGAAAUUCGCCAAGAAUGUGCUCGCCUUUUUGGAUGAGUACGGUUUUGAUGGAGUGGACAUCGACUGGGAAUACCCUGGCGCGGGAGACCGCGGUGGUAAGCCGGGGGAUACCAAGAACUAUGUCGAAUUGCUUCAAGCCCUGAGGAAGGAGUUCGACAAUUCCGGCCGAGAGCUAGGUAUCACAUUUACAGCUCCCUCGUCCUAUUGGUAUCUUCGCUGGUUCGACCUGCCAGGGAUGCUCAAGUACGCCAACUGGAUGAAUCUUAUGACAUAUGACCUUCACGGAGUCUGGGAUAGCAACAAUCCAAUAGGCUCGAUCGUCCAGGCUCAUACCAACUUGACCGAGAUCAAAUUCGCCACUGAGCUAUUGUGGAGGACGAAACUAUCGCCCUCAGAGAUCGCCAUAGGAUUUGGUUUCUAUGGCCGUGCCUUCACACUGGCAGACCCAAGCUGCACAACUCCCGGCUGCCCCUUCAGCGGGGGUGCGAAACCAGGAGUGUGUACCGCUACCAGUGGAUAUCUUGCAUACUACGAAAUUCAGAAAAUCUUAUCUGAUAACCCGCAUAUCACGCCGGUCCAUGACAAGGAAGCUGCCGUCAAAUACUUUACAUGGGACUCGAACCAAUGGAUAUCCUACGAUGACAAGGAUACGUUCCAGGAGAAGUUGGACUGGGUAAACAGCCAUGGCUUUUCUGGAUCUCUCAUAUGGGCCUCUGAUUUAGGUAUGCUACAGUGUGAUGAAUAUAUUGUAUGGUUUAUCUGA